AUGGAUGUUAGGUGUUUGUUGGAGCUGAGCAAAGGGGUUGUGAUGGAUGCUAGGGGUUAGUAAUGUAGUUAGGUGUUAGUAUGGUUAAGGGGUAGGGUGGAGCUAGCACAGAAUUGUUAGUGAUGGUGCUAGGUGUUUUUAAAAAAUGUUUGGGUUAGUAUGGAUUUUAGGGGUUUGUAAAGAUUUUAGGGUUUAGUAAUGGAUGUUGGUUUAGUGAUGAUGUUAGCACGAAAUAUCCCAGUCCCAUCUUUUGAAAUGUAUUAUUAGUGUUCCCGUGAGUAGCGAACCCAGCAGCCUGUUUAAAACCCCAACCCCUACCACACCCCACACAACACACACAACACCACACCCACACCACACACACCCCACCAACAACAAACACACACACACACAUACAACACACAUCACCCACACACCACACCACACACACCUAACACCCACACAUCACACACACAACACCAUACCCACACACACACACACACACACACUCUCUCACACAACACACUCACGCACAAACACCAGGAUAUACGUGAGGGCGCAAAAAGCCUCAUCAGGUACCAUGUCUCAUCCAAUGCACUUCAUGCUCUUCAUCUUCACAUCUGCAAUACAGAAUCAUCUCAGGGUGGUUGUGGGGGGUGUGAUUCCAGAUGAGGGAAGGAGUGUGUGUGUGUGUGUGUGUGUGUGUUCUGUGUGUGUGUGUGUGUGUGUGUGUGUGUGUGUGUGUGUGUGUGUGUGUGUGUGUGUGUGUGUGUGUGUGUGUCUGUGUGUGUCUGUGUGUGUCUGUGUGUGUGUGUGUGUGUGUGUGUGUGUGUGUGUGUGUCUGUGUGUGUGUGUGUGUGUGUGUGUGUGUGUGUGUGUGUGUGUGUGUGUGUGUGUGUGUGUGUGUGUGUGUGUGUGUGUGUGUGUGUGUGUGUGUGUGUGUGUGUGUAACCAAUAUGGAAAAUGUUUGCACUCACUAACUGUAAGUCGCUCUGGAUAAGAGCGUCUGCUAAAUGACUAAAAUGUUAAAUGUAAUGUAAAUGUGUGUGUGUGUCUGAGUGCCUGUGUGUGUGUCUAUGUGCCUGUGUGUGUGUGUGUGUAUGCAUUUGUGUUUGUGUGUGUGUGGCCUACAUACAAUUUUAAUCUAACUUUUCCUAGACAGUCUUUCUUCAGCCCCUAUCUGUGUAACUUCUAGCUAGGGGAGAUGGAAUGCAGCUAGCUUUGACAUGGGUGGGGAAUGGAUGUUGUCAGAUGUCCUGCUGAUCACUAAACUUGAUAUCUCUUCUCUCCUCUGUCGUCUUGUGAUUUACAGGUAUAAUGGGAGAAUAUGAGCCUAAAAUCGAGGUGCAUUUCCCCCCAUCUGUCCUGGCUGCCAGAGGAGUCACGGUGAGGCUGGAGUGUUUUGCCCUGGGGAAGUAAGUACAGAAACAUGCAUGAUGUAUUAUACCCAUGAACAUCCAUGUUCAUCAUUUAUGGUGAAACGUAGGGUUACAGAUUUCAUGUAACUUUCCUAAAAUUCCCCAGUUUUCCAGAAAUCCCAGUUGGAAGAUUCCUGGAAUGGGAAGGAAUAAAAAGUAAAUCCAGGAAUUCUCCAAUCGGCAUUGCGGGAAUACCUGGGAAAUGUGGGAUCGUUACACUAAGUAAAAUGCCACCAGUAGAUGCAUUUCCUAUCAUCCCUUAUUCAACAUCUAGAUGCAUUGACUAUCAUAGAUUAAUUCACUAUGAUCCCUUAUUCAUCACUAGCUACAACCACCAGUAGAUCUAUUGAUUACAAUCCCUUAUUCAUCACUAGCAACAACCACCAGUAGAUCUAUUGAUUACAAUCCUUUAUUCAACACUAGCUACAACCACCAGUAGAUCUAUUGAUUACAAUCCUUUAUUCAACACUAGCUACAACCACCAGUAGAUCUAUUGAUUACAAUCCCUUAUUCAUCACUAGCUACAACCACCAGUAGAUCUAUUGAUUACAAUCCCUUAUUCAUCCCUAGCAACAACCACCGGUAGAUCUAUUGAUUACAAUCCCUUAUUCAUCACUAGCUACAAACACCAGUAGAUCUAUUGAUUACAAUCCCUUAUUCAUCACGAGCAACAACCACCGGUAGAUCUAUUGAUUACAAUCCCUUAUUCAUCACUAGCUACAACCACCAGUAGAUCUAUUGAUUACAAUCCCUUAUUCAACACUAGCAACAACCACCAGUAGAUCUAUUGACUAUCAUCCGUAAAGCAACACUAGCAACAACCAACAGCUGAUCAAAUCAAAUCAAAUUGUAUUUACUACCUGCGCCGAAUUCAACAGGUGUAGAACAUACAGAACAUACAGUGAAAUGCUGACUGACAAGCCCUUAACCAACAGUGCAGUUUUAAGAAACCAAUAAAUAAAUAAAUGUUAAGAAAAAAAUAGAUGAGUAAAACAUAAAAAUAACGAAUAAUUAAAGAGCUGCAAUAAAAUAAAAUAACAGUAGGGAGGCUAUAUACAGGGGGUACCGGUACAGAGUCAAUAUACAGGCUAUAUACAGGGGGUACCGGUACAGAGUCAAUAUACAGGGGGUACCGGUACAGAGUCAAUAUACAGGCUAUAUACAGGGUGUACCGGUACAGAGUCAAUAUACAGGCUAUAUACAGGGGGUACCGGUACAGAGUCAAUAUACAGGCUAUAUACAGGGGGUACCGGUACAGAGUCAAUAUACAGGCUAUAUACAGGGGGUACCGGUACAGAGUCAAUAUACAGGCUAUAUACAGGGGGUACCGGUACAGAGUCAAUAUACAGGCUAUAUACAGGGGGUACCGGUACAGAGUCAAUAUACAGGCUAUAUACAGGGGGUACCGGUACGAGUCAAUAUACAGGGGGUACGGUACAGAGUCAAUAUACAGGCUAUAUACAGGGGGUACCGGUACAGAGUCAAUAUACAGGCUAUAUACAGGGGGUACCGGUACAGAGUCAAUAUACAGGGGGGACCGGUACAGAGUCAAUAUACAGGCUAUAUACAGGGGGUACCGGUACAGAGUCAAUAUACAGGCUAUAUACAGGGGGUACCGGUACAGAGUCAAUAUACAGGCUAUAUACAGGGGGUACCGGUACAGAGUCAAUAUACAGGCUAUAUACAGGGGGUACCGGUACAGAGUCAAUAUAAAGGCUAUAUACAGGGGGUACCGGUACAGAGUCAAUAUACAGGCUAUAUACAGGGGGUACCGAUACAGAGUCAAUGUGCGGGGGCACAGGUUAGUCGAGGUAAUUGAGUUAAUAUGUACAUGUGGGUAGAGUUAAAGUGACUAUGCAUAAAUAAUUAACAGAGUAGCAGCAGCGUAAAAGAGGGGGUGGGGGUGGCAAUGCAAAUACUCUGGGUAGCCAUGAUUAGCUGUUCAGGAGUCUUAUGGCUUGGGGGUAGAAGCUGUUAAAAAGCCUUUUGGACCUAGACUUGGCGCUCCGGUACCACUUGCUGUGCGGUAGCAGAGAGAACAGUCUAUGACUAGGGUGGCUGGAGUCUUUGACAAUUUUUAGGGCCUUCCUCUGACACCGCCUGGUAUAGAGGUCCUGGAUGGCAGGAAGCUUGGCCCCAGUGAUGUACUGGGCUAUACGCACUACCCUCUGUUGUGCCUUGCGGUCAGAGGCCGAGCGGUUGCCAUAACAGGCGGUGAUGCAACCAGUCAGGAUGCUCUUGAUGGUGCAGCUGUAGAACUUUUUGAGGAUCUGAGGACCCAUGCCAAAUCUUUUCAGUCUCCUGAGGGGGAAUAGGCUUUGUCGUGCCCUCUUCAGGACUGUCUUGGUGUGUUUGGACCAUGAUGUGGACACCAAGAAACCUGAAGCUCUCAACCUGUUCCACUACAGCCCCGUCGAUGACAAUGGGUGCGUGCUCAGUCCUCUUUUUUUUCCAGUAAUCCACAAUCAUCUCCUUUGUCUUGAUCACGUUGUGGGAGAGGUUGUUAUCCUGGCACCACACAGCCAGGUCUCUGUGAUCAGGCCUACCACUGUUGUGUCAUCUGCAAACUAAAUGAUGGUGUUGGAGUCAUGCCUGGCCAUACAGUCAUGGGUGAACAGGGUGUACAGGAGGGGAAUGAGCACGCACCCCUGAGGGGCCCCCGUGUUGACGAUCAGCGUGGCAGAUGUGUUGUUACAUACCCUUACCACCUGGGGGCGGCCCGUCAGGAAGUCCAUGAUCCAGUUGCAGAUGGAGGUGUUUAGUUCUAGGGUCCUUAGCUUAGUGAUGAGCUUUGAGGGCACUAUGGUGUUGAACGCUGAGCUGUAGUCAAUGAAUAGCAUUCUCACGUAGGUGUUCCUCUUGUCUAGGUGGGAAAGGGCAGUGUGGAAUGCAAUAGAGAUGGCAUCAUCUGUGGAUCUGUUGGGACGGUAUGCAAAUUGUUGUGGGUCUAGGGUUUCUGGGAUAAUGGUGUUGAUGUGAGCCAUGACCAGCCUUUCAAAGCACUUCAUGGCUACAGACGUCAGUGCUACAGGUCGGUAGUCAUUUAGGCAGGUUAUCUUAGUGUUCUUGGGCACAGGGACUAUGGUGGUCUGCUUGAAAUAUGUUGGUAUUACAGACUCAGUCAGGGACAUGUUGAAAAUGUCAGUGAAGACACUUGCCAGUUGGUCAGCGAAUGCUCGGAGUACACGUCCUGGUAAUCUGUCUGGCCCUGCGGCCUUGUGAGGCAAGCAACACCGAAGCAUGCAUGAGAGCACCAGCUGUUCCGGACGACUGUGAGAUCACGCUCUCCGUAGCCGAUGUGAGCAAGACCAUUAAACAGGUCAACAUUCACUGACAUUUUCAACCUCUCCCUGACCGAGUCUGUAAUACCUACAUGUUUCAAGCAGACCAACCAUAGUCCCUGUGCCCAAGAAAGCGAAGGUAACCUGCCUAAAUUACUACCGCCCCGUAGCACUCACGUCGGUAGCCAUGAAGUGCUUUGAAAGGCUGGCCAGACACCUGACAGUGUGGUGCCAGGACAACAACCUCUCCCUAAAUGUUAGCAAGACAAAGGAGGUGAUCGUGGACUACAGGAAAAGGAGGGUCGAACAGGCCCACAUUAACAUCGACAGGGCUUCAGUGGAGUGGGUAGAGAGUUUCAAGUUCCUUGGUGUCCACAUCAGCAACAAACUAUCAUGGUCCAAACACACCAAGACAGUCAUGAAGAAGGCACGUCAACACCUUUUCUCACUCAAGAGACUGAAAAGAUUUGGCAUGGGUCAUCAGAUCCUCAAAAAGUUAUACAGCUGCACCAUCAAGAGCAUCCUGACUGGUUGCAUCACCGCCUGGUAUGGCAACUGCUCGGCAUCCGACUGUAAGGCGCUACAGAGGAUAGUGCGUACGGCCCAGUACAUCACUGGGGCCAAGCUUCCUGCCAUCCAGGACCUAUAUACUAGGCGGUGUCAGAGGAAGGCCCUCAAAAUUGUCAAAAACUCCAACCACCCUAGUCAUAGACUGUUCUCUCUGCUACCGCACGGCAAGCGAUACUGGAGCACCAAGUCUAGGUCCAAAAGGCUCCAUAACAGCUUCUACCCCCAAGCCAUAAGACUGCUGAAAAAUUAAUCAAAUGACCACCCGGACUAUUUACAUUGACAGACAUCCCUUCACUACCUUAAUGCCAAUGGUGAUCAGACAGCCCUUCACUACAUUUUAGUCAUUUAGCAGACGCUCUUAUCCAGAGCGACUUACAGUCUUUUUUUUUUUUUGUUCAAACUAGCCCCCCGUGGGAAUCGAACCCACAACCCUGGCGAUGCAAGUGCCAUGCUCUACCAACUGAGCUACACGGGACUACCUUGAUGUGUAUGGUGAUCAGACAUCCCUUCACUACCCCAAUGUUUCUGAAUUCUCAGGCAGCACAGUAUAGUUAGGUGAAAUAGUUAAAUAAAAUGUUCUGCAAACUCAACAACAACUUGCCAUAGUUUUUAUGUUAUUUCUGAAAUAGUCAGUCCUCUGAAUACUAUGUGAAAGUCAGAGUCACAGCAAAACAUUUUGGCAUCACCUCAAAUAACAUUUCAUCUAAUUUGCCAUGGCUCUGCUGUGGCCUAAUUUCAAAAAGUUUCAAAUCAAACAGCAAAUAAGGGCAUUAUUAUCACCAUAAAAGGUAAAUAUGACAUAUUGAAUUGUUUUAAGAUGGUCAUACUAUGGAUCAUUUAGCUAUUUGAUUUGGAAUUUUAGGACCCCUUUAGGUAUAAAAAAAUACAUUAAAAAAGGAUUUAAUAAAAUAUUCAAUUUGGCCUUACUACUAAAGCCAAGAGAAACACUUUGAAUAACACAUUCAUCAAUGGCCAAAAAGACAGUCAAAAACAUAAUCAUAAGAAACAAGGUUUUGAAAUGUCUGUCCUAUAUCUAGGAGAAGAAAAGCUCAGGAUAUAUAUAUAUAUUGACACAUAUUUAACACCUUUUUGGGGUAGACACAAAACUACCUUCAUACUUCCAUUCAUUUUUUAAAACCGGCACCAGUUACCUUCAGACGAGUCCUAUUACAGUCCUAUGUUGGGGUCGUAGAGCAAAACGGAGAACACCAUCGUGUUCAUGAGAGUCUCCCCUUUCCACAGUGGGGUCACAUUAGUUUGUAGCCCAAACGGUUUGGACGCUACAAACAGAAGUUGGCACAUCAACAGUAUCGACUUCAGACGAUUCCCCUGAUGCUUGUGGGGGUCGUAGAGCAAAACGGAGAACACCAUCGUGUUCGUGAGAGUCUCCCCUUUCCAUGGUUUUUAUGUCAAAACGUUCGGACGCUACAGACUUUUUCUUGAGAAGAACGAUUUUUCGGCAUGUCUGCAUGUCUCACGGUCUGACAUACACCGCUCUAGCUCUGCCACUUUUCACCGCAGAAGCAGAAGGGCGACACUGGAGGAUGAAGUGGAUUGCAAUAAACAUAUAUCUCUAGUUUAAACGGACAGAUUUUGAUGGGGAUUUUUUUGUUAUGUAACUUAGAUUGAUUCAAGAGGGUUAACUCAGCGGUUCCCAAACACAGGUGUCGCGACCACAAUUAGGGGUCACCUGAUAUGGAAAUAGGGUCACAGAAGAAUUUCCAAAAUCCUGGUAAAAAAUAAAUAUGUAUAUUAAAAAUAUAAUAAUAUCGUCUUUGUCUCUCAAAAACAUUGUAAUGUGAUUAACCUUAAAAAUCUAAAUCUAAAUUAUUCAAAUCUAAAAGUUGUAAUUCAACCAGAGAACGCCAUUAGAUUGUGGGAAAAGGCCACACUUGACCUUUGCACUUGAAUCAUUCCCACAGUGAAUUGCUAGGUUAGGUGAAUUGCAAUGUGCGGGGAGGCAGAGCCACAGAAACUCACAUCAAAACCUUUGUCACAUAACACUAUAAAACUAAGACUUGAUGCUCAGUUGAUAGAGCAUGGCGUUUGCAACGGCAGGGUUGUGGGUUCGAUUCCCAUGGGGGGCCAGUAUAAAAUAAUAUGUAUUCACUAACUGUAAGUCGCUCUGGAUAAGAGCGUCUGCUAAAUGACUAAAAUGUAAAUGUAAAUGUAAUGCUAUACGUAGCGAUCAAGAGGAAACUCUGACUGAACGACUCAAACUCCCCAGCUUAUGCUCUCCAAAUGGACGUUAGCUGUGAGGGCCGAGAUGCCCAUGCAUUGACUUUUAUUCGCUACAUGUCGGGGGAUGCUAUUCACGAAGACAUAUUGUUCUGUCUCACGAUUCCCGAGCAUGAAACGGCACAGGGGAUGUUCAGUGUGCUGCGUGGCUAUAUUCACAAAAAACAGAUUGAAGCUCAGAACUCGGAAACAUGCAACAGGUAACUUUGAUUGUAAACUACAUCGUGCACGCCUGUUCGCCUGUUCGCCUGUUCGCCUGUUCGCCUGUUCGCCUGUUCGCCUGUUCGCCUGUUCGCCUGAUACGGGAGAACAGCAUGACAGUGUUCUACUUCACACAGAGGCUUGGUGGGUAUCGAGGGGGAUUGUUGGAAAGAGAGGAACUGUUGUCAUUUGCAAUGGAUAAAAAAUAAAAAUAAAAGACUGUUGACUUUCUGUGUAAUGAAAAUAAAUUGUGUGUCUCCUUGCCUAUGUAACAAAUAUAUUUGGGAAACUGAACGAACUGAAUGAAGCAUGCAGGGGAAAUACAAAUCUAGAGAUGAGUGACCGAAUCAGCUAAAUCUGUUAGACUAUGAUUCUGGCUCAGUUGACAUGCUGGGGCCCCGGGACCACCCAUAUGUAACAAUGUAACAUGAAUGUAAGUCGCUUUGAAUAAAAGUGUCUGCUAAAUGGCAUAUUAUUAUAUUAUUAUUACAUGCCGGUAAGUGAAAUCAAACAGCUGAUCGAGCUGUCAUGUGAACGAAUGCUGCAGACAACACAUUCACAGGUUACUAUGGAGGAGUUUUGGUUCCUGUCCCAAAGGAAAUGCUGUGCCGUCUCCCUCCGACAGUACUACUCAUGGUACGCUGAUUCAGUGCUCUCGUCUGCAUUAAAAUAUAUCGAUCCAGGUUGGAUCUGAUAGGAGAGAUGAGGUGCGUGCUGUCGACCAUGCCCCCUGACUUUGAGAAGCUUUGACGCGUCAUGCAUCAAGCCACACCCAUCUCAUUAGUGGGGGUGAGAUAAGAUACAUUAUGUCAGACUCAUUUGUAAUUGACUUUCAUAGACCCACAUUAAAAGUAUAUGAUGGUGAGUUGAGAAUACAAUUGGAAAUAAUGUUAGAAUGUUUUACGAUUGACUGCCAUAGCCCCAAUUAUACAAGUAAACAUUGGCUGUUAAUGACUUAUUUUUUUGCUCUCAUGGUUUGGGUCCCGAGAAUUUUCAAAUAUCAAAAUGGGGUCGUGAGGUUUGGGAACCUCUGGCCUAUGGUGGCCAGACAUCCCUUCAUUACCUUGAUGUCUAUGGUGGUCAGACAUCCCUUCAUUACCUUGAUGUCUAUGGUGGUCAGACAUCCCUUCAUUACCUUGAUGUCUAUGGUGGUCAGACAUCCCUUCAUUACCUUGAUGUCUAUGGUGGUCAGACAUCCCUUAAUUACCUUGAUGUCUAUGGUGGUCAGACAUCCCUUCAUUACCUUGAUGUCUAUGGUGGUCAGACAUCCCUUCAUUACCUUGAUGUCUAUGGUGGUCAGACAUCCCUUCAUUACCUUGAUGUCUAUGGUGGUCAGACAUCCCUUCAUUACCUUGAUGUCUAUGGUGGUCAGACAUCCCUUCAUUACCUUGAUGUCUAUGGUGGUCAGACAUCCCUUCAUUACCUUGAUGUCUAUGGUGGUCAGACAUCCCUUCAUUACCUUGAUGUCUAUGGUGGUCAGACAUCCCUUCAUUACCUUGAUGUCUAUGGUGGUCAGACAUCCCUUCAUUACCUUGAUGUCUAUGGUGGUCAGACAUCCCUUCAUUACCUUGAUGUCUAUGGUGGUCAGACAUCCCUUCAUUACCUUGAUGUCUAUGGUGGUCAGACAUCCCUUCAUUACCUUGAUGUCUAUGGUGGUCAGACAUCCCUUCAUUACCCUUGAUGUCCUAUGGUGGUCAGACAUCCCUUCAUUACCUUGAUGUCUAUGGUGGUCAGACAUCCCUUCAUUACCUUGAUGUCUAUGGUGGUCAGACAUCCCUUCAUUACCUUGAUGUCUAUGGUGGUCAGACAUCCCUUCAUUACCUUGAUGUCUAUGGUGGGUCAGACAUCCCUUCAUUACCUUGAUGUCUAUGGUGGUCAGACAUCCCUUCAUUACCUUGAUGUCUAUGGUGGUCAGACAUCCCUUCAUUACCUUGAUGUCUAUGGUGGUCAGACAUCCCUUCAUUACCUUGAUGUCUAUGGUGGUCAGACAUCCCUCAUUACCUUGAUGUCUAUGGUGGUCAGACAUCCCUUCAUUACCUUGAUGUCUAUGGUGGUCAGACAUCCCUUCAUUACCUUGAUGUCUAUGGUGGCCAGGACAUCCCUUCAUUACCUUGAUGCCUAUGGUGUCAGAAAUCCCUUCAUUACCUUGAUGUCUAUGGUGGCCAGACAUCCCUUCAUUACCUUGAUGUCUAUGGUGGUCAGACAUCCCUUCACUACCUUGAUGUCUAUGGUGGUCAGGAGUGAGCUGUAAAGGCUGUGGUUAGCUCUGAACGUGCUCUGAAUCUAACUCAGAGACCAUGGCAACUGGGAGUCUGAGCGAUAUUAAAAUGUCUUUGUGAAUUUGGAAGUGAUAAAAAAGCUAUGGAACAUUUUCAUCUGGGCUGAGUGAUGGACGGGAGCGCCGGGGGUUUCCAGGGGUGUCAGAUUUCCAUCUUUCUGAGAGCUGUCAAACGGAGCUGUCAAACACAGAGCCUUGCUGAUAUAGUGUAGUACGAUGUUCUCCUGCUACAUGUUCAACCCAUCUGUCAUGGACGUUCUCCUGUUACAUAUUCAACCCAUCUGUCAUGGACGUUCUCCUGCUACGUGUUCAACCCAUCUGUCAUGGACGUUCUCCUGCUACAUAUUCAACCCAUCUGUCAUGGACGUUCUCCUGCUACAUAUUCAACCCAUCUGUCAUGGACGUUCUCCUGUUACAUAUUCAACCCAUCUGUCAUGGACGUUCUCCUGUUACAUAUUCAACCCAUCUGUCAUGGACGUUCUCCUGCUACAUGUUCAACCCAUCUGUCAUGGACGUUCUCCUGCUACAUGUUCAACCCAUCUGUCAUGGACGUUCUCCUGCUACAUGUUCAACCCAUCUGUCAUGGAGAGAGCAGAGCAGGCACAGGGGCAUAGCGGAGCAUCAACAAACUGAUGAUGAACAGUCACGCUCACAUACACUAAUCAUAUAAAUCAUGAUCAUUAGUUGGGCUGGUAACCUGAUCUGAAUAUAUCAUGUAGUCAAUUACAUCAUUCUCAGUUGGAGGUCAUUUGGGCAGAGAGCGACUCAGAGAUACAAAUUCACUCUGGAUUAUGGCACAGUAAAUUAUUUAGAGAUGUUUUAUUGUGUGGAUGGACACAAAUCACAGUCACGUAUUAUGUAUCAGUUUAUAUAGCCAGGAUAGAUCUGUGUACAACGUGGAAUUGAACCCCCGACUUUCCACAUUCCUCCUCCGCUAGUCCUUUACUGUAUUAUGGUUGUAAAUGUAUCCACUUGUCUGGCUGGAAUUGUGUGUAGCAACAAUCAACUCUCUGCUCUCCUUGUCCUCACUAUCACCCAUGUAUUAUGUAUGAGUUUACAUAGUGUAGAUAUUAUCGGCAGGAUGCAAAAGUGUAGUAUUAUAACCCUCUCCACUCUCCUCCUCCAAGUCCCGUCCCAACCAUAACAUGGAGGAAGAUGAACGGUAACAUCCCUAAGAAGGCUCGUCUGAGGAAGUCCCAGGCUGUUCUGGAGAUCCCUGAUGUCCAGCUGGAGGACGCGGGGACCUACGAGUGUAAAGCGGAGAACCCCAGAGGAGGAACACCAUUCAAGGGACACCUCCAGAUCUACAGUAAGUUAUGGAGGGAUGGACUGGAGCUACAUUGGGUUGUUUUUCUGAUAGUUUGUUUUCUCAUCUUUGACUGUGGUGUUAAUCUGUGA